AUGUGGGGAUCAGACACUGUUGCUGCAUUGGCUUUGCUACGCAAGUACUACAAUUCACCCAUGGCUGGUUUUAGUGGCGUAGCUAACGAACAUUCUACAGUCACCACGUGGGGACGGAAUGGAGAAGUAGAUGCAUUUCGUAAUAUGUUUGAGGCUUUUCCUGAUGGUGGUAUAGGAUGUGUGAGUGAUUCAUAUGAUAUCUGGAAAUGCUGUGAAAAUAUUUGGGGAGAGGAACUGAAAGACGUGGUGAUCAAGAGAGGCAAGAUGGGAGGUUUUGUGGGUAUCCGGCCAGACAGCGGAGACCCACCAACUGUGACACUCAAGUGUUUAGAAAUUUUUGGUAAAGUAUUUGGAACCACUGAAAAUUCCAAAGGCUACAAACUUCUACCCCCGUAUGUGAGAGUGAUUCAAGGUGAUGGUAUAUCAUACAAGACUUUAGGAACUGUUUUGGAGAACCUAAAAGUACAUGGCUGGUCUGCUGCUAAUGUUAUCUUUGGCAGUGGUGGAGCUCUUCUCCAGAAGGUUCAUCGUGACACUCAGAAAUGUGCCUACAAAUGCAGCUAUGCUGUUGUUAAUGGUGAAGGUGUGGAAGUAUUCAAGCAGCCAGUCACUGACCCUGGAAAGACUAGCAAGAAGGGGCGUCUGGCUCUACACUAUGUAAAGGAAUACACCACUGUUGAGGGAGGAAGAGGUGAUCCAAAAAUGGCAGCCUGCAUCUGUGAAGUGAUACAAGAGUUCAUCACUAAGGAAGCAAACUACUGCCCAAAUCUCAAACAGAGAAGACCUCACUGUGUUCCUCCUCUGAAACUUUCCUCUCGCACAUCUUCCUUUGAGAUGGAAACUUGGAUAAACACUUUUAAUGUUACUGCUUCACCUUAUCCUUAUGUAUCUAAAUCUUCUUCUGCAUUCUGUAAAUAUAAACCCAAAGAAUAUGAAAAGCCCUUGCAGGGCAGUAAGAGGUUACAAAAAGCACCUUUUCUGUCUUCAUUAUUAAGCCAGCCAAGGUCUCAGUCGUUGCACUAUAAUCAUUUAAAUACAUGUACACAGAGUGUUCCAUUCAAGGUAAAGUGUGAAUAUUUAGAUACACAAGGUAUUCAUUCUCCUAUUGACUCUUGUUCUGCUUCUUUGUGCUCAUUACCGUCCUUGGUUGAUUUCAUUCCUGCCGAACCUUUCUCGUCCCGACCUUUGGUCGUAGAUGCAGUCGUCUCCCAAAGUGACAAGUCAGAUCAAAGACGAUUUCUCAAUAUUUUGUCUGUGAACUAUAUAGCUUUCAAGCAUGAUGACGACAUCAAUAUGCUGGCGCCAUGA